CCGGCUUGUGAGCCCAACAAUCGGCGAAAAGAUAUCGAACACACACAAUCCGCGACACACAAUCACCACAUCGUCACUAGAACCCACCAAUUGAAUAAUAUAGCAUAAUAUCAACGAGGAUUCGAGGCUACUGAUCUGAUCUCCGAUCUCCGAUCUCCCAGCUAUCACUGGUAUCAUUGGUAUCACUGGUAUCAACACUACUACUUCAUUACUACCGCACGCAGUAUUAUGGAUGGUGCCAAAAUAGAACGUGAUCCGGCCCCAAAAAUGCGACUUCACAUUAGCCAACAGAGCCAAAGCAGGCGGAACAGCGGGAGCACACACAGCAGCUGGAGCUGCCACAGUCGGCAGGUGCUGCUCGUGAUCAUGAUCCUGACGAUCACGAUGAUGAUGCCACUUACCCAGGCGCGCCACUUGCGCGACCAGGUGGCACUGGACUACGCCUACGACGAGGACAUCUCGGGACGAACUUCCUCUUCCUCAUCCGCAUCCUCGGGCGGCGACAUACUGCCCAGCUUCGAUGUGAAUCCGUAUCGCGGUCUGGCCGAGAGCUUCGGCGAGGGCAGCUACGACAGCGAUAUGAGUCUCAGCGAGAGCAGCUACGAGGAGAUCGCCCAGGCGGCCAUACGGGCUGCCAGGCGGGAGAUGCGACGCCAGAGGACGCGGCACGCCCGCAGCCACAACCUGCGCCUCUUCUCCAGCAAGUCAGAGAUCCCGGAGUGGGAGAACCCGUGCGGAGGCACCUACACGGCCGACGAGAGCCUCAGCGACAGCAGCGCCAGCCAAGGACGAGUGAUCAAGCGCAAGCACCUCGAAAACUUGCGGAACAUCACGAUGAGCGAGUACCGAGACAUAACCCACCGCGCCACCCUGGAGUACGGCAAUAUGCAGCACUGGCAGCGCGAGUACAAGUUCCUGCCGAACAUGACGAAGCCCACAAGUGCGGUGAAGCUGAAGACCUGGUACCGCCACAUGCAGACCUUCGUGGGCAGCUUCUCGUAUCUGGGACGGGCGCAGUACAAGUUCCGCAAGGAUCAGCAGAAGAGCCUCAACGAUGCGGUCACCAAGGAGCUGCACGACCUGCUGGUCAGCGCGCGCUACAUGCUCUGCGAGAUCGAGUCGACCAUCAACGCCUCCUAUCCAAACAGCAAUGGAGCGAAGUUGAGUCGCGUUAGCCGGCAGGCGAUGGAGGAGCGCCUUAACUUUCACACGCCUGCCAAUGGAUCCAUGGAGGCGGAUCAGCGCGAUCUGAAGGUCAGUAAGGAGCUGUACUUCCAGUAUUUGGACAACGUGUGGAAGACACUGCAUCGCGUCCUGCGGCGUCCGCGACGCAACAGUGCCGAGCGGCGCCACCUGGCGGCGCUCCACGGAACUGGAGCCAGUGGCCUGCGGUCGGGCAGCUCGGAAAUGCUCGACGUGGGCUCCACGAACGGCUCCUCCUCAGGUGGCAGUUCCGUCUCCGACGGCGGCUCCAAUGAGUCCUGAGCUGAGCCCCAUGAGCCGGCCAGCCGGGAGAACAUCACGCCCUUCCAGUAUUACAGCGAGUACUUACUUACGAAGCUGCACAUUCCCAAGCUUAGCAGCUUUCCAGCUCUUCAGCUUCCAUGCCAAAUAGAGGACCACCCAACCGACCAAUCGAGCGGGCGAGAACGAAGAAUUUUUGUCGAAUGCCAUUUAGACACGUACUUUUAGUCUUUUAGUAUUUAUUUAUUUAUUGAAUAUUGAGUAUUGAAUAUUGAGUAUUGAGUAUUGAGUAUUGAGAAUCGAGUAUUAGAGCGCCUUCCAUUCCAGUUGCCAAAACAAACCAAUCUAAUCCACUCCAUUUAACCCCAUUUCCAUUUCCAUUUCCACUUCCAUUCGGCCCAGUGCCAACUCGACUAUUUAUUUACCAUUUAGGAUAUGGACCCUUUUUUUUUCUCUAUGUAUAGUAACUUAUUUAUUUAUUUAUGUAUAUCAAUAUUGUAUUUAUACCUAUUUAUUUGUGAAACGGCGAGAUAAACUAGCCAGCAAAAGCCCAACAAAAAACCAGCCACAAACAAAAAAAUGCUUAAAUCUACUGUGAUUUAUUUUAAGUACUUUUUUUGAAUAGUUCUUAGUGAUUGUGACAAAAAACACGAAACGAUUGUGAAUGAAAACGAAGCGAAGUAUUGUACAGACAUUCUUGUGCUUAGUUGUAAGUUUGUGCAAAAUAAACUUAGAAAAGACAAAAAA